AUGGAUCCCCCGGCGGGUGUGGAGGAGCAGGCGCGCGCCUUGCAGCCCACCCUCCGCCUGCUGGUGGGCUUGCUCAUCCCCUGCCUUCUUCUCCUCUUCCUCCUGAACCUCCUGCUCCUGCUGGGCUGGAGACCCACCUGCCGAAGGGUGGGGAGGCGGGAGCUGGGCCAGGCCCCCCCGGCUUCCCCCCGGCUCUUCCAGGUGGUCUCGGGCAGCGCUGUGCUGAGGCAGGAGGGCAACGGCAGGGUGGUCCUGCAGCAGCUCCUGCAGCCAGCUGAGGGUCCCGGGGGGGCCCGUGCCUUCCCGCUUCCCUUGUCCUGCAGCGGGAGGGCGGCUGCAUCGUCGGGGUCUCGGUCUAGGGGGACGCCCAGGCCCCAUCGCAGCAGCCAAGCUCCGCUGAGGGGCCACCCGGGGAAUGGGGCGUCCCGGGGAACCGUUUCCUCCUCCAGUGACCAGGACAAGCAAACCAUCUUGGUGCCCCCCAACACGCCCGAGAGUGGCUCAGGGACUGGGGGUAUCCCAGAUGGCACAUUCAGCCGCUGCCACACCAGCACCCAGAACAAGGUUUGCCGCAGUAGCAGGCCAGUGUCUGCCACCCACCCACAAGCGGUGCCUUUUGAGCACGGCAGCAGCAUCCGAUGCGAGGACCAGAGGGCGCAGCUCAACUCUGCAAACUUCACAGCCUCUCAAGGACCAGGCCUGGACUCGGACUUUGGUGCCAGUGCUGGUGUCUCUGUGAGGAUCUUGUCAGAUUGCGAAGCAAGUCCAGGAACACCCCUGUUGGGUCGGCUGUUUGAGUGGGACUAUUAUGACCCCACCUACAAGAGAGAAGACCAGCUCCACCGGCAGCUGCCUCCCAUCCACAGCAAGCAAUACUGGCUCUAGCCCAGGGCAGUGGCAGCAGGUGGGUUGUGGGCCAGUGGAUCUCAUGCAGACCCAGCCCUUCCCACAGAGAUGCCUGCCCAAGUUUUUAACUUAGUUUAUUUUGUGUGUGUGUGUGUGUGUGUGUGUGUUUGUUUGUAUUUAUUUAUUUAUUUAUUGUGUAUUUUAUCUGUUAAGCACUGGCUGCUAAAAGAAAAUUCUUGUCUUAAUGUCCAAUGUCCAAUUCGGAAUGAGAUUUGCACAUCUCCUUGAUGCACACUUGAUUUGCACUCUCCCUCAAAGCACUGCAUUUCUCUGCACAAAUGCAGCCACAAAUGCAUGGCUGCCCACCCAGUCAAUUGCUAAUCCCUUCACACCAUCGGUUUAAGCAAAGGGACACUCGCACUAGCAUGGAAACAAAAAGGAUUUAAGGGGAACUGGGACACAUUUACAGGGAGGGUCCAUCUGAGCAGGUCUCGGGUGGCAGGAACGCUCAACGGGAAUUGGUGGCAGGGACUUGCAUUAAAGAGAACACAGAUACUCCUGGCACUAUUUUUUGCACAGGCCUGUCUUGUGCCUGG